AUGAACGCUCAACCCCUACCCCGAAGUCGACUAUGCCAUCAAGUCUACGCGAACCGCGAGGACUGCAACAACAAGUUGGAUAUUCGACGCUACGAGCGCGCCGAGAAGGGCUCUCGUGACGGCGAGGUGACCGCCAAUAUCGACGCGGACCCAGCCAAGCUGAAGUACACGGUCGACAUCAUCUACGCGAGUGCCAUGGAAGACAGGAACUGGGUAUAUGUCGCAGUCAAGCUGCUGAACUAUCUCUGCCUUCUCAUCCCAGCAACACUGGCCGACCCAAACGUACUCCCCGAUGGGCUCCUCAUGAAGACAUGCGUUGGUCGUGCUACCGUCGACAAGGGCGUUGCCUUCGAGGUCUGCGCAGAGAACAUCUGCUUUGGCUCGAUCUCGCAUGAAGCGCAUUGGGUUCAUCUCCGACUUCUACCGUUUGGAAUUGUUGGAUAG